AUGAAAAUUCCAGAAUGGAUAAAUUUAGAUUCAUCUGAUCAAAAUAUUCGAAUAAAUUCUGAAAUAGCUUUAAAACAGCAAUUGUCAUGGGCAACUCAUUUAGGACUCACAGCAGUUUUAAUACCAUUUCCAUCAGAAUUAUUGUUUAAUUAUGCUAGAUGCUUAAAUUCAAUUUUUAGUGGAUUACUUUAUACUCAAAUUUGGAUUAAGAUCCCAUUGACUAUUGAUGAUAAUAAUGAAUCAUACGAGGCCCAAGAAUCAAUUUUAGGUGUUGACGAUUACAUAGAGAAUAAUGAUUUGUUAAUGGACGAAGUUCUUUAUCAUGAAGGAGGGGAAUUUGAAUUAGAAGAUUCUUUAUUAAUGAAUGACAAUAAUCUUUCAAAGUCUUCAGUUUGUGUGGUGGAAAAAGCUCAUAAAGGGUUUCAAAAAUUAUAUAAUAUUGUUUCAAGCGAUCUUGUUAUUAUGGUCUCACUACAGGUCCGAUUUAUUUCACGUUUUCAACAAUUUUUUAAUGAUAAUGAAUCAUACGAGGCCCAAGAAUCAAUUUUAGGUGUUGACGAUUACAUAGAGAAUAAUGAUUUGUUAAUGGACGAAGAUCUUUAUCAUGAAGGAGGGGAAGUUGAUAACUAA